UCGAGUAAGCAGGUGGCGGCGUGAGCUGCUCCGUGUGUCGUCGUAUCAUUAUCCUUCGAAAUACGCGCUCACAAGUGCCGAGAGAUAACGCGAUCGUUUUCCUCAAACAAUUAGCGACGUUUAUCCCGCACGAUCGAUUAAUUCGCACGGUUAACGACUACGGUCAACGACUCGCGAGUAUAUUGUGGCGACGGCUAUUUACCGAAAUAUAUUUGAGAUGAGAAUCGAAGCGAUAAGGAAUUGUUGUUUUAAACACAAUUUCCACGAGCGAUAGUUCUUUCUUUUGUGAUAUAAUUACUUGAAUUUUUGUAUCUCGCGUCGCGCUUGGUAUUUUUGAAGCGAAAUCGUCAACGAAUUUCUCGGUCAUUAAUGGAACAAAUGGACUUCGAUAUAAGCGUCACGAUUUAUCUGAUUAAUAAGUAAUCAGUUUUAAAUUUUGUCAUUUAUACAAAUUCGGUAUAUUGAUAAUUUAUUAAAGCUCUUCGUCGUUCGAAAUUCUGUUAUUCUAAUAAGAGCCUAUACAAGCAUGCCUUCGAAGGGAUCACAUAAUUAAAUUUUCUUUCGUGUUAUUCGCAAUGUACUAAAAUACAUAUCGCAUGUAAUCAAUAUCGGGAGUUCUGUGCAAGUAUCGUGUGAUUAACGCGUUCUAUAAAGGAACGAAAGAAAAGAGGAAGGCCUAGGAGACAUCGGACGAUCAUGGAUCACAACCAUGGUAUGACACUUGAUUGAGGUAGCCAGUCCAUAAACGACCACCAACCGCUGCCGCCGCCAUGAGCAAGCUAUUUCAAUUUCUGGCCCUCCUCCUGUUGGGUGUCAAUGCCAGACGGACCGACGGAGACAGACCUGCGGAUGACGCGCACGUCGGCCAGCAGCGUCGCGGCUCCCUCCACAAGUCGAAUUACAACAGCAAUAAUAAUUACAAUCAUCAGCCGAACUCGCCCUAUUUGCCGCACCAGCAGCCCAGGGAGCGGAAGCCCAACAUUGUACUGAUUCUGACGGAUGAUCAAGACGUUGAACUGGGUUCGCUGAACUUCAUGCCACGGACUCUGAAGCGAAUAAGGAACGAGGGCGCCGAGCUGAGACACGCGUACGUGACCACUCCCAUGUGCUGUCCGAGCAGGAGCUCUUUGCUCACCGGUCGUUACGUUCACAAUCACGAGGUCUUCACGAACAACGACAACUGCAGCAGUCCCCAGUGGCAACGAGAUCACGAACCGCACUCCUUCGCCGCUUAUUUGAGCAACGCGGGAUAUCGGACAGGAUACUUCGGCAAGUAUUUGAACAAAUACAACGGCUCGUACAUACCGCCGGGAUGGCGGGAAUGGGGCGGCCUUAUAAUGAACUCCCGCUACUACAACUACAGCGUCAACAUGAACGGCAAGAAGAUAAAGCACGGCUUUGACUACAACCGGGACUAUUAUCCGGAUCUGAUAGCCAACGACAGCGUGGCUUUCCUCAGGCAGAGCAAACACAAUUUCGCCCGGAAGCCGGUAAUGUUAGUCGCGAGCUUCCCGGCGCCGCACGGCCCGGAGGACUCGGCGCCGCAGUUCUCGCAUCUCUUCUUCAACGUCACCACUCAUCACACGCCAGCAUAUGAUUACGCACCGAAUCCCGACAAACAAUGGAUACUCCAAGUUACGCAGAAGAUGCAGCCCAUUCACAAACAGUUCACAGAUCUCUUAAUGACAAAGCGACUGCAAACCUUGCAAAGUGUCGAUGCUGCUGUAGAUAGGAUUUAUCAAGAAUUGAAGGAUCUGGGUGAACUGGAUAAUACGUAUAUUAUUUAUACGUCCGAUCACGGAUAUCACUUGGGGCAGUUCGGACUUAUAAAAGGCAAGAGCUUCCCAUUCGAGUUCGACGUACGGGUGCCAUUCCUUAUUAGAGGUCCUGGUAUCGAGCCUGGAUCCAUAGUAGACGACAUAGUUUUGAACAUCGAUCUGGCGCCGACGUUCCUGGAUAUCGCCGGCGUCGAAACGCCACCACAGAUGGAUGGUCGUUCCUUCAAGAAACUCUUUCUCAAUAGCAAGCACGGCAGAAGGUCGAAGUUCAAGUGGCCCGACACAUUCCUGAUCGAGUCCUCCGGCCGCCGUGAGACUCCGGAAUCCAUCGCUGAGUCGAAGGCGCGGGAAGCCAGGAGGCAAAAUGCCACCCAGGCCAAACGGCCAUCGAGCUCGGCGCCGGAAGAGGAAGACGAUGAUAUCGCCGAUCCAGAGGACACCGAAACGGAACAUCGGUUUACGGAGAACGACACCGGAAGCGAUCAGGAUAUCUCGGACGACGAGGAUUUCGAGGACUCGAUGAUCGAUGAAACGAGCAUAGAUCCGCAUCUCGACAAUAGGGUGCAUCCGAUGCACGCACCCUACGCGACGAAGCACGAGCGUCUCACGGCGGAGUGCUCGCGACCGGAAGCGCAGACCGAUUGUCUCCCUGGGCAGAAGUGGAGAUGCGAGAAGGACGGGCACCGCUGGCGACGGCACAAGUGCAGGUACGCGGCACCCCCGCUGCCACAGAGGGUGUCCAAGAAGUGUGCUUGUUUCACCCCUAACGGCGUGAUCUACACGAGGCUCGAGUCCAACGAUUACGACGGGCAGAGAUAUGGUUUCACGAGGGAUCGUCGGCCUGUGGAUCCUUACGACGAUACUGCGGGAUACUUCACCAAACGAGGCAAGCGAGAAGUAUCGAGUGAUAUCAUAUCCAAGGAAAAUAAUAAGGAAUCUGAUAAUGACAUUGACUUGGAUGACAGAGACAGACGUGCGAUUGACGAGGAAGACGACGAUGACACGUUGCAGGAGUUAGAUAUGCCGGCGCAGGAGGUGAACGGGGAAUAUAGGAAAGAUCUUGAAGGGAACGGCAGUAAGACGAGAGUUGAAGACACUGAUGACGAUAAAACUAACGAACUAAACAAAUACAUUGUCGACUACUUGGAUUACGGCUAUUCGAUAAACGACUUUGAUCCCACUUUAGACAAGGUUGUUAAAGGUCGAUUAAAUGUGAACGACGUAAUAAAAAGGCAUAGGAGGGUACGGAGAAGUGUCACGAAGAAGGAUACUAUAGAGCAUGUCACGAAGAUUAUGGAAAGUAUAGAGGAAGAACUAGAUGAUUUAAAGCAAACUCAAGUUCGUCAUUUGUCGUCCGAAGUAGGAAAGUCACUAUCGCCAAAAUGUUUGGUUUCACCGGAAGGAGGUGUAAAUUGUACACAAGCUAUAUAUCGAGAUCCUAAUGAGUGGCGAAUAUCUAGACGGGAGAUCGAGCAGCAAAUCCGAGAGAUGCGAAUGCAAUUGGAAACGUUGAAAGAGAUUCGCCGGCAUUUAAUGAUCAAACGGCCACAAUUUCUGGAUAACGAGGAGAAACUUGCUGACGCAGAGGAAACUCACAGUUCGCACAAAACUCACCAUCAUCCUCCAAAGGGGCACGCGAGCCGCCAUCAUAAAAAGCACGAUAAAGUUACUCAUACUACUGCAGAUAUUAUCGUGAACACGACCACGGAGUCUGUUACGAAGAUUAAUACAACUCCGGAGGAUGAAAAAGGGUCGACGACGGAAGAAAAACCUGAUAAAUACGGUACAACUCCUAUCGAAACUUUUACCACGGAAACUGUCAGCGAAACGUCAGCAACAACGGUUCUAACAACAGUUAAGCCAAAGAAAUCGCCUCGCCGUCAGAAAACUAAGGAAAUACCUACAAACAGAACGGAAAUUGAAGAAGAUAAGCCGCAGAGACGUCGGAAAACGCAUCAUCACCGUAGAAACAAUACGCUACUUACGAAUAGCGUACACGACGAUGUUCCGCGCGUGAAUACAACAUACGUUACCAGCGAUGUGACAUUGUCUACGCAAAAUCCUACGACUCGCGAGAGGCACAAUUAUAGUCACAAAUUUACGACUGUUCCUGCUACCACAGAAGCAAGCAGUACGAGACAAGAAACCCAGUAUUCCGGAGUUUCCAGGAGUAAUAACGACUUCAACGAAGAUCGUACUACGGAAUCGAUCGCAGUUACUGAAUCCGGAACGACUGUAACAAUGACUUCGACACACAUGACAGAAGUGCCAAGAACCAAUCCGCCUAUCGAUAAAAGUUUCGAUCAACCUAGGAAUUCAUCUGUCACGACAACUGUGCCGUCAGUGAAGAGAUAUCCUAAAGUACAAAAGAACAGGACAUCGGGUAUCCUUGGACCAGCGAGGAUCGACGUUACCAUUCUUGAAUCUCCUGAUAGAAAACACAAGCAAGGUAUAACUACAACAAGUAACAACGGACGUCUGCCGCCGAUGCUAAACACGCCGUUAGAAGCGCGACAUAAAUGUUAUUGUGAACCGGAUACAAAGAAAGAUGAGAAGGAGAUUGCUAAGGAGGAAAGACGAAGAUUGAAGGAGGAGCGUUUAAAGAAGAAGGAGAAAAAGCUCAGAAAGAAAGCCAAGCUGGAAAAGGAGUGCCUGACGGAAAAAAUGAACUGCUUCGAGCACGAUAACGAUCACUGGCGUACCGCACCUCUGUGGAAUGCCGGACCAUUUUGCUUUUGCAUGAAUGCUAAUAAUAACACGUAUUCAUGCAUACGUACAAUUAACAAGACGCACGAUUUCCUUUACUGCGAAUUUACCACGGGAUUAGUGACAUAUUACAAUUUAAGACUUGAUCCAUUUGAACAAUGGAAUAGAGCGUCAUCUUUGACAUCCUCUGAAAGAUCAUAUCUGCAUGAUCAAUUGGAACACUUGAAGGGAUGUAAAGGUACAUGGGAUUGUACAGUCGGUAAUGCUAGAGAGGCUAUGCCACAACUGCAGCAACAUCAACGAUAUAUUUCGAAAAGAAAAAACAGUGUUGCAUUCGAAGAGAUGUUUGUACCCUCAGCGUUACAAAUUAUACGCGAAAGCGAACUUGGCAGUCCACCUAAUAAAAGACGAAAGAAGUUACAGAAUUGGAAUAGGCGCAAUAGAAGCUGGCAAAGCAACUGGCGACAUCACCAAGAUUCAAUAAAUCCCCGGCGUCAUAGUUCUAGACAUCAAUACUGAUUUAUCUUUUUUUACACUUCAACAAUUGCGUGACAAAUUGCCUUAGGUAUAUAUUGAUUUCGCAAUGCAUUUAGUAACCUAAUUUAUUUAGUAUCUAAUGAAUAACGAAGAAACCGAGCUUAUAUUAACUGAUAUUUAACUAUAGGUAUACAUAUUUUUCGCAUACCUCGAAGCCACACUGGGAUUCAGAUUCAGAUUUUGAAAGAGCACAUUUCAAUGUACAAAAAAAAUUUGUCGAUAAUAUUGGAAUAUUAUCAUGAAAAUUACAAGGUUCCAAAAAUGACGAAUAUUUCUAUCUUCUGGCGGGUUUGCAGACAGGUAUAAAAGUUAGGAUUUUUGUUAGAAAAUAAAAAUUCAUGAAUUAAAAAAUAUAAUGACUUGCAAAAAAAGUACGAAACACACACUGAGGUCUGAAAGAUUCCUGACUUAUUUUACGUGUUAAUUAUUGCAAAACUGACAAACUAUUGAUUACUUCGGCAAUUACUAGCUAUUGAAGAGAAAUUCAAACUUCAUCUGGGAUCUCGGAAAACCCAGAGUGUAUACCUAGGGUUAAAUUAAUAACUCGAUUUUAUUAGAUCUUUAUCAUCCACAUUGUGCAUGUUUUCAAUACAUUUUAUGGCAACUGUCGGAUUUAUCUGUAGGAAUAUUAUAUGCACUGUGUGGAGCACAUUUAUAAAUAUACAAAACAUGUAAUUUUUAUAUAAUUUAUAUGAAUUUUAUAUAAUUAGGACUAUGAAUAAUUAAAGACGUAGUUAGGUGAUUUUGUUCUAUUUUAUAAAUGUUUUUUAUGAUAAUUUAUUUGUUUUUUGAAGCAAAUAUUUAGUGAGAAAAAUAAUU